UUCAGUCCAAGCCCCGGCGCAUACGCUGUAAUCCGCCUCAAUCCUAUCGAGAUGGUGCAGCAUCUCGACGACAACGACGCACUGCAAGCGGCCAUGGCGAUGCAGACGAAGACAUACCUCGUGUGUCUAGACAUCGUGAGUAGCAAUCCGACUCACCACAAGCCCUGGUACCGCUUCGAGGCGCGCCCCAUCGGACCCCACCUGCCUCCUGCGAAAGAAGAGGAAGGGUACACUCCGGACAUGUACAUCCCCAUAUAUCCCAACACGAAUCACCCCACCGGCCGUGCGCCCAUACGCCCGAGGAGACCGUUCCCUUACGCGAACUGCUACCACUGGAUCGACAACACGAUUCACAUUCGCGUCCGA